GUGGUUAUUGGUUAAGCAUGUAGGGAAGAUUGAAGCAGAGUUGAAACGUGCGUGAGAGAGAGAGAGAGAGAAGGGUGAAUAUGAGGGGGGAUGACGUAAGCGAAAUGUGAGCGUAGGUAGUGAGCAUGUGGAAGAGAAGUAGAGGCAGACUUGGGAGAUUAUAAAAGGACCAUUGAUCAUUGAGAAUGGUUGCCAGUUAUUGCCACUCGUAGGCAACAUAUAGAUCACAUUGAUUUAGUGAGAUAUAGGUCCAUAAACAAUGGAGGGGAGCAACCAAAACACGUUUAGCUUCAUGGCUAACACGCUUGAGCCCCCAAGUCCAAGCACCCUUGACCCGGAGGCAUCAUCCUCAUCAUCCCCUGCUUUUUCCUUCGCCAGACUCGCAGAGUGCUACCCCCCUGGCUUUUCCAGAAAGGUGUUUGCGGAGGUUAUAGGGACAUUUCUGUUGGUGUUUGUGGGGAGUGGGUCUGCGGGGCUGAGUGCUAUCGAUGCAAGCAAGGUGUCGAAGCUUGGAGCCUCACUCGCGGGAGGGCUCAUAGUGACGGUCAUGAUUUACUCCAUUGGCCACAUCUCUGGCGCACACAUGAACCCAGCGGUGUCCCUCGCUUUUGCAGCCGUCAGGCAUUUUCCCUGGCCACAGGUCCCAUUUUAUAUAGCAGCUCAACUCACUGGAGCCAUUUCUGCUUCAUAUACAUUGCGAGAGCUGUUUCAACCAUCAAAGGAAAUUGGGGCAACUUCACCUGCUGGAUCACACAUUCAAGCACUAAUCAUGGAAAUGGUAUCCACUUUCACUAUGGUGUUCAUCUCCAUGGCCGUGGCCACUGACACAAACGCUACAGGACAGCUGUCAGGAGUAGCAGUAGGUUCUUCUGUUUGCAUAGCAAGCAUUGUUGCCGGACCAAUAUCAGGGGGAUCAAUGAACCCAGCAAGGACAUUAGGUCCUGCAAUUGCAACUUCAUCAUACAAGGGACUUUGGGUAUAUUUUGUUGGACCGAUUACUGGGGCAGUGUUAGCAGCAUGGUCUUACAAUGUGAUUAGGGACACCGAACACCCUGGUUUCCCUUUUUCACUAUCCUCCCUCUCAUUCAAGAUUCGCCAAGGCAUUGGUGGAAAUGAUCAAGAUGCCAAAAACAGCCACCGAUGCUUGGUGUGAAGAAAUUAAUUAAACAAUACAUAUAUGUUUUGAACGUGUACACCACCAACAUCAACAUCGUCUUGAAUGUCUUGUCAUGGAGGAUCUAUCUCAUGUUCCACGUCUAUCGUGUAUAUUCAUAAUACCAUACGUAGAACAUGGUGUUAUUAGCCUAGUCGUCGUGUAUCAACUUUCAGGAAUAUUAGCCAUGUAUAAUGCUCAAGUAUGUAGUGUGCUUAUCCUACAUUAAUGAAAUGUCCGUUUCGUCUGAAAGGCAAUGUUGACAACAAA